CUCUCCGCCCCCUCCCCUUUGCGGUCUCUGGGAAUCUCGUCGCGGGGCCCCUGCAGGAGGCCUGUGGACGCUGUCUGGCAUCUGGUGACAGCAGGCCAGCAUCUGCACCCGACACGUGCCGGCUCCUCUGGGGUGGCCAGUCUGGCUCUGACCUCAAAUCCAAGGUCCUCUCCACGGGAAGUCCCAGCCCGGGAAGGGAGAUGCUGUUGCACAGGGAAGUCAAGAAUCUGCACCCCCCGUCUCAGGGGUCCCAAGGCCCCCGUGUCUUCCUGGCUGGGUGCUCCCCAGGAGCACUGCAGGAACCGUGGCCACCGCACGUCCUGGCCAGGUGCCGCUCUGCCUCCUCCUCCAGCCCCGCUCUGCACCCGCAGCUGUCAGAGGCCGCGACUUCUCUCUCAGAGUGCUCUCUGGAAACGCCGCUCACUCUGACCCUGAUUCGAAGUCUGACCUUUCCUGGAAGAGAGGAGGAAAGUUUCCCCCCGGAAGGAACCUUCCACUAACUCGUGUUUAAGUCCAGGACUCGCCAGGACUGUGCUCUUCUGGACAAAGCACUGUCCGAAGCGCUGGAGGUCCUGCGUCCUCAGGGACACGGUGCACGCACAACCGGGGACACAGGCCUCUGGGGCCGAUGGGCAGGGGUGCUCAGAACCAGCCCAGCCUCCCGGGAUGUUCCUCCGAGGUUCGUCCAGGUGUCAUCCAGGUGGGACUCAGGCCGUGGGUUUGUGUGCUCAAUCUGAGCAUAAGCAGACAUCCAAAGCCACACCCAGAAGAAGCAAAACUCCCGCUGCCAGGAAUUUGCCAGGUGUUUCCGGGACACUUAACAAUGACCUGAGGCAAGCUCUGAGCUCAAGGCUGAGCUGCAGCCCUCACAAACGGCCCCGUCCAGGAUCCUACUCUGCGCCCACCUGCCCCGUUCAGAGGAGUGAGGCGCAGGGGCCUGGAAGCCUUUUCCGUUCCUCUCUCUGCUCAGCUCAAAAGCUGUGCUGUCCUCCGCUUGUGGGGACCGCAGUUUCCAAGGAGCGAAAACGCCUCCGACCCCCAGCACAGAGCAAACAUUGGGUGCCAACGCUGGGAUCGAGUGAUUUUUUGAGUCUCCAGGUAAAGCAUUCCAGGAGCGAGGUUUGAGGACGGCAGAGGUCGGAGCAGCGGCCGCCUCUCAGUGAUCUGGGACACGUGGCACUUUUAGCUGGUGGGGGGAGCAAGGCUUUUCUUCGGAAAGUUCCUAACCUUCCCUGAAGAGGAGAGGCUCUGAGCGCUCACUAAACCAAUGUCUCAGGAGCCAGUGAGCUCAGGGACUCAGGGGUUUCACGGGCGCUGCCGCUGGGCAGGAAGAGGUGAGGGGAGGCAGAACGCAGCUUUGCCCCCCCAACCAUGAUCCACCCGGAGAAGACCCUCUACGGCCGAAAAAGGAGGCGUCCCUGAGCUCACGGUGCAGAUGGAAAUUGCUCUUCCCCAUCAAGCCUUCGAGGGAGGUUUGCACGCAGUCCCAGAGCCAGGGAGCCCGGGGCAGGCGAGCGGCGUUUUCCGGCGGGUGCACGCCUGUUACACCCCCCAGUGGGCAAGGGAGAACCCGUAAAGAAGGCAUCCAGGGCCUCGAUGACACACGUUCUCCUUGGAAGAAAUAGUGUGGCUCUGGGACGCCAGGGGAGCAAAGCAGAAGAAAAGUGACCAACAUGAUUUACAACAAAGAAUGAAUGAAACCCACUCACUUUCCUGAAACGACAGGCUUCACCACCUCCAGUUACAGCCGCCAGCGCCCUGCCCCGUCCCGGAAGCUGUGUGCUCUGCGCCUGAUGGCCAGGCCCUCUCGGCCGGUGGAGGGGAGCUCGCUGACCCUGACCUGCAGCAGCACCCCGGCCCCUUCACGGCAGCUGGACGUCCCCCUCGAGUUCUGCUUCUUCAGAGACGGCCGGGCCCUGUGGCCGGGCUGGAGCAGGUCCCCGGAGCUCCUGCUCCCCACCGUGUGGAGGGAGGACUCUGGGUCCUACUGGUGUGAAGGGAACACCAUGGCAUCCAAAGUCACCCGGAGCCUGAGGGUCCAGAUACAGGUGCAGAGAGUCCCCGUCUGUAAUGUGAGCUUGGAGACGCAGCCGCCCGGCGGGCAAGUGCAGAAGGGAGAGAGGCUGGCGCUCGUCUGCCAGGCCGCCCAGGGCACGGGAGACAUCACCUUCUUCUGGUACAAAGGGGCCCUGGGUUUGAGCCUGCAAACAAAGACCCAGCGCUCUCUGGCCGCGAAGUUUGAGAUCCCGGCGGUGAGUGACGGAGACUCGGACAGAUACUACUGUGCCGCUGACAACGGCCACGGCCCCAGCCUCAGUGAGCUGGUGAGCGUCACCGUCAGAAUUCCAGUGUCCCGCCCCGUCCUCACCAUCAGGGCGCCCGGGGCCCAGGCCGAGGAGGGGGACGUGCUGGAGCUUCGCUGCGAGGCCCCGAGGGGCUCGCCCCCCAUCCUGUACCGGUUUUAUCACAAGAACGUCACCCUGGGAAGGAGCUCCGCCCCCUCUGGAGGAGGAGUGUCCUUCAACCUCUCUCUGACCGCAGAACAUUCUGGAAACUACUCCUGCGAGGCCGACAACGGCCUGGGGGCCCGGCGCAGCGAGGCGGUGCCGCUCAGAGUCACAGUGCUCACGGAGGACAGGAAAGAACUUCUCGCCUCGGGAAUCCUCGAGGGGCUCCUGGGUGUCCUGGGUCCCACCAUUCUGGCCCUUUGUUGCUACGGGCUCAAGAGAAGACUCGUCAGCCCCUGGAGGAGAAACACCGUUAGGAAUCCCAGCCCUGCGGACCAGCCCCCAGGAAGACGUCCACCCGGAAGCCCGCGCAGGAGCCCUCCGAGCCCGGUGCCAUCGGUCUCCAGCUACGUCAACUCGCCUGCCCCUCCGCAGGGACAGUCUGUGUACGGAAACGUGAAUGUUGUGAGCGGGGAGGAGGUUUACUCCUUGGUGUACCGCACGCAGCAGGACAGGCCACCACCAGCACACAUCUUCUGUCCCGCAGUGCCGCCCCCGAGGACGCGUGUCCAGGACCAGGUGAGUCAGAAUCCCCCUCUUUCUUUCCUUCUUGCUCAUCUCUCUUUCUUCUCCACACAGCUCCUCAAACUUUUAAAAUUAUGGCCACUUUGGAAAACCAAAACGUUUCCGUGGCCCAUCUCUUCCCUCAUCUGCCCACACAGUGGGACAGAGACAUUUGGUUGUAGCAACAAAGCAUCUCUGCACAAGGGGAUUUUGGAGGCUCGCGUAGAUGUCUCCUUUGGCAGCAGACACGUGGAUGAUUUGUAAUUACACCGUAGCAUGUGCCAGGCCUAGACAUGCCAUCCCUUGAAAAUCUUUACUCUGCAAUACUGUUCAACCACACACACACACACACACUUUGUGUUGUGAGGUUAACCAAACAAUUGGUGGAAAGCUAAAUUAAUCUUGAACAAAGCUGAACUAGUAGUGAUUUGUGCCACUGAAACUCAGUGAUGUGUCAACGUUGAAUAAUUCAAGACAUCACUGAUAAUAUGAAAACGCUUCCGGAAAGUCACAGAAAUUCCACCUUGGCAUGCGUGCGAACACAAUAGAUGCUUCAUAGUUUUGUCGAGUGUCGGGGGGAAGCCAGACGUCUUGGACAGAACUCAUGUCCUUGGUGAACUCCAGUGAGUGACACGCUAAUUUAGUUUAGGGGUGCAAAAUCCGGAAAUCCUGCAAAAAAACGCCAGUCCAUGGAACUGCCUAACAGUGGCCCCCUUAGAACGGGAGAGGGGCUUGCACUUUCAGGUCGGCAUGCUCAGGGGCACCGCUGCAGCCCACCAGCGGCACACUCGCCCAGGGGCACAGUCCUCCAAGGGGCGGGGCUGCGUGUGCUGCACGUUGUGCCAUGAUAGGGUGCGUGCAUGCUGCCUGGGAGAGAUCCAGGGGAGGCCUGUCCCACGUGUCUUCCCUGCUCUGGUCCUGCCUACGUGCCUUGGCUUUCAGGAUGCCUCAGCCACCUAUUUUAGGCUGAAGAAGGCAAACCUUACAGAUGAGGACUAUGAAGACGCGAUGUAAAGUUCCGGAAGAUUCUGCUCUU